AUGUCGCUCUACCGCGGUUCAUCGCUCGCGCGCUUGCGCCCACGACUCGUGACGCGCCGUCUGUCCACACAUGGCCAUCCGUUCGUGUUCGAGUCCCGCCACGAGUACAUGGAGUACCUGCAGACGCACCAGAGCCGCCUGCCGUGGGGCUUCUCUGUAGCUACUACAGAUUUCGACUUUGUCCCGCAAGAAGCGCCCCACCUGCCGGCCAAGAUGACCCUAACGCUCCUCAAACCCGUCAAGCCCACGUCCCUAUUCGCUGCAGUGUUCACCCAGAACGCGUUCCCUGGAGCGCCCGUGCUCGUCGGUCGCAAGCGCCUGCAGGAGCCAAAACUCGGCGCGAUUCUGAUCAAUAACAAGAUCUCGAACGUCUGCGCCAGUGGCGGCGGCGUAGCAGACGCUGAGGAGGUCUGUGAGAGCCUGGCCAAGCACUUGAGACUCGAUGCCGGUACCCAAGUGCUGCCCUGUUCGACGGGCGUCAUUGGCUGGCGCAUCCCGGUGGAUGCUAUGGUAGCAAACCUCCCCAAGCUCGUCAAGAAGCUGCAGUCGGACUCGGUGCUGCCUGCUGCCGAGGGGAUCAUGACCACGGAUCUGUACCCGAAGGUUCGCUCUAUGGAUGUGUGCGGUGGCCGGAUCGUUGGCAUUGCCAAAGGAGCUGGCAUGAUUGAACCUAAUAUGGCUACGAUGCUGUCGUAUAUUCUCACUGAUUUGUCGAUUCCUCGUGACGUGCUGCGUCAGUUGCUGAAGGAAGUCGUCGGAGAUACGUACAACUCGCUUAGUAUAGAUACGGACCAGAGCACGUCGGAUACGGUGGCGCUCGUAUCGUCAGACAUGAUCCCCUUCGAUAUGAAGCAUCUGGAAGAGGUCAAGAAGGCACUGUACGAGGUGUGCCUCGGACUCAGUGAAGACGUCGUGCGAAACGGUGAGGGUGCACAUCACGUUAUCCGGGUGAGCGUGGGUGGCGCCUUGACGAAAGAGAUGGCCAAGGGCGUCGGCAAGUCCGUGGUGAACUCGCCCCUGCUCAAGUGUGCAGUAGCUGGCAACGAUCCAAACGUGGGUCGCCUUGUCAUGGCUGUGGGUAAGUACAUGGGUCUACAUUACAAGGAUGUGAACAUUCAGCGCCGGAUGAAGGUCCGCAUGGGUGGCGUCCUCAUUUUCGAGAACGGAGAGAUGGUGCUGAACGACGAUAUCGAGGCUAAACUUGUGGCCCACAUGCGUGACGCUAUGCUGAUCGAGCCUACGCGUGGCGGACUCGACGCUAGUUCACACAACUACCCGCCGCACGGGAAGUUCGUUGAGGUUGACAUCGACUUGGGCGUCGGGUCUGCGUCGAGUGAGGUAUUGGGUAUUGACCUCACGCACGAGUACGUGGCCAUCAACGCGGAUUACCGCUCGUAG